AUGGUCACUCUUCUUAGAAAGGCGAGAAUCAUCAAAACGAGAUUGGAACUGCUCGAUAAAUCCAAUAUGGCUAAUCGUAGUGUAUCUGCAUAUAAAGAAGGAAGUCCUGUUGAUCGGACAAGAAUUUCGGUUACUCAUGGUCUUAGAGUGAAAUUGAAAGAUCUGAUGAAUGAUUUUCAGUCUCUUAGGGAGCAGAUUGUUAACGAGCACAAAGAAGGGCUUAAGAGGAAAUAUUAUACUGUAACCGGAGAGAUACCGAGUGAGGAAAUGAUUGAAAAGAUGCUUUCAGGGGCCGAACCCGUGCAAAUUUUCGAGGGUAAAGAAGAUUUAGCGAUGGAAAAUCAAGAAAGGAAUGAAUCUGUGAAGGAAAUACAGAGAAGCUUGGUUGAGCUCCACCAAGUGUUUCUUGACAUGGCCGUGUUGGUCGAGACACAGGGUGAACAAAUGAAUAACAUCGAGCAGAGUGUGGUGAAUGCCAGAUCGUAUAUCAGUGGAGGGACAAAAGAACUUGAUCGUGCUAAACAGAUGAAGAACGCAAGGACUUGGUCUUGUUGGAUUGGUGCAGUGGUUUUGGUGUUCAUAUUAGUAUGCCUCAUAGCAAUUUUAUUCUAAGAAGUUUCAGAAACCUGGUACGUUGGGUUUUGACACAGCAUAUUAUAGAUGUGAGGAAUUUUUCUAUGUUUUCACUUUGAGCACAAUUUAUUUGAUGAUUUCUGUUCAUCAUUUACCUUCAUUAGUACAGGUGCUUUGCCUUUUGUAUUCCUCUCAAAAGGUUUCUGCCCAUGUUCCUUUAUAGAUUUCUUAUAUGAAAUGUUACACAUUGCUUUGGGAUCA